AUGUCCCGCGUAGUGAGAACUUGGAUUGGGCAGCUUUGGCAACAAGAAAAGCCUUUCGAGGCGAUCAAUUGGCAGAUUGGAGAAGGAGAACAGAGAGUUGUAAAGGCCGCAAGCAGAGAUGCUGACAAGGCAGACGCCUCGCCCACAGAUGUGAGGGCAGCGGUGAGAGAGGAGAUCAGGGAACCCAAGCAGAGGCGGAUGAACGUCUCCGCAAGGCGGACAAGACGAUCCAAGCCUUAA